UGAAGCGACUUUACUGCAUUCAGAGAGAGACGACCUCUCUUUAUUAUAUGGCCAUUCAUAUUUAAUGCUCGUACUAUUAUUGUGCGCGACUUUUCAUUCGUUAAAAACCUAUUUUCAUUUCAAGUUGAGUAAAGAAGGCGCUUCUUUGAAACCUGUCUCGUGUUAAGUCUGAAAAGUUUCGUCCAAAUUGUUUUGGAACUCAAAUAAAGAUGUUUUUCACAAUUUAUGUAGAAUGCAAAAAAAUAUAUAUUUAAUAAUGGAAUGGUUUUACUUCAUUAUUAGUCUCAUUUAUUUCGUUGAUUAUGUAUUUGAUUGUUACUUAAAAACUGCUAAUUAUUUAUCAUGUGCUAUCAUUUUUAUGAUUUAAAGACAGUUUAAAUGAGUUUCAAAACAUAAUGUUUAAGUACCUUAAAACUCCAUAAACUAUACUAACGACUGAUGGCUCUAUGUUGCACCUCGGCAUAGUUUAUUCUUCGACAAACAAAAGACGGUAUGGAGUCGUUGUCCACCACACGAAGGAAAGUGUUUAGAAACUAAGGAUGACCUUAUACGAUUAACGUAAUCAAAUUCUCGAGAAGAUCUUACCAAAGGUAUGAAAUUGUUGAGUGAAGUUGAAGUGCUUGCGAAAUGACUCUCGGGAAAAAGAGAAUAGUCACACUUGCCACCAUCAGCAGAGCCUACAACAGUUUGCGAUCAGUUCGCAAACAUUACGGCGGCUUGCGCAAGAGCAUCGGCAGUUGGCACACCGCGCCGCCUGAGAUCGCGGACUUUCGCUAUCAGUGCACACCAGACCGCGACACACACAGCAUCUCAGCUCUAACUUCCGAUGCACUUGGUCUGUGAACUUGAAGACGUAGACCUAGACCAGUUUACUGUCUCCAAUAUCAAUUGGACUUACACCAAGUGAUUUUUUAGUGACUCAAAUUGUAUUAAUCUAGUGCGGUAAGGGUCAAACAGUUCUGUAGUGGUAAAAUAAAAUGUCCUGGUUAGUAAGCAAUAAGCUCUAGAAACAAAUGCAGGACAACGCAACAUUCCAAAGGACAAAUAUAAAGUACGCGUAGGAUAGGGCCAUUGCUCUUAAUAUGUAUUUGUACCUGUAAGGAUAAUCUCUAGGUUUAUAAACUAGUAAAACCCGAUGGCGUUAUAAUGUGAUGGUCUUGUCGUGAAUCCCAGUCCUGGGAGCAGUUCGCGAGGGACCAUGAAGUGCGCGAAGUUGCUAGUGUUGUUGUGGUGCGCGCAGUGCGUGCGGAGCCUGUUCGUGCGCACGCCGGUCGUGCAGGUGAGCCAGGGCGCGCUGCGGGGGCGGCGAGGGCUCUCCGGACAGAACCGGUACUAUGGGAUCCCGUAUGCCGUCAGCGAGAGGUUCCAACCACCAAAGCCACCGAGAAAAUGGAAUGGAAUAUUUGAAGCGGUGUCGCGGUUUGAUUCCUGUGCACAAGCAUUUGCCAUAUUUAAAUUAGGGUCAGAAAACUGCCUCGUACUCGACGUGUACACCCCAGGACAAGCAAUAAGAGGCCAGAAGCUACCUGUUCUAGUGUUCUUCCAUGGCGGGGCGUACUACUAUGGAAGUAAAUGGCACUAUGACCCUGAAUUUCUAGUCAAGAAGAACGUAAUAGUCGCCACAGUCAAUUAUAGAGUAGGUGCGCUGGGAUUCUUAUGCUUAAACAACGUCGCAAACCUCGGACUAAAAGACCAAGUAGCGGCCCUUAAAUGGAUAAAAAAGAACAUAGCGGCGUUCGGCGGAGACCCCGACAACGUGACGGUGUCGGGGCACAGCGCCGGCAGUACCGCCGCCGGGAUGCACCUGCUGUCCAGACAGAGCGCGGGGCUGUUCCACAAGGCCAUCCUCAUGAGCGGCGUGUUCCUCUCGCCCUGGGCCUUUAACUGCGACCCCCUGACGCCGGCGGUGGAGGACGCCGCCAAAAUAUCAACAGUGAGGAGCGACGUCGAUGUUUACAACACAUUCAUGAACACAUCAGUAAAUGAUAUCCUGACCGCAACACUCGGUACUUCCAUAGAUCCCAAAUAUUUUAAGUAUUCUCCCUGUAUGGACAGGAAUUUCACGGAUCCUUUCUUCCACGACACGCCAUACAAUGUUAUCACUUCGGGAGACUUCAAUAAGGUCCCGAUGAUCGUGGGUUUCACGGAUUUGGAAGGAUUCCUAUUCUACGCCCUCAAUAACCAAAGAACGUUAGAAUAUUUAGACAAUAAUUUCGCAGACAGCCUGCCGUCGGUAUUUUCGUGGUGUUCUAAGAAAGAUAAAAGAAUAAUAGCCGACAAAAUUCGUUCGCAUUACUUUGGAAAACAAAGGAUCAGUAGUAAGGCUACGAUCAAAGGAGCCGUUGACUUUUAUUCGGAUUGGAUAGCGUACGCCUCGGUGGACGCGUUCUCCAGGCUGAUGGCGAAGUAUUCCGGCCAGCCCGUGUACAACUACAUGUUCUCGUACGAGGGAGGACGGAACUACGCUAAGGCCGUGUUCAACCGCGGCAUCGAAAUGAAAGGAGUUUUACAUUCCGACGACAUUUUCUACUUGUUCAAACCGGGUGGCUUCACUCUCAGACUGAGUGACCCAGACAAGCUGCUCAUUGAGAGAUACACCACUAUGUUGACUAACUUUAUGAAGUUCGGGGACCCGACGCCGGUGCAGACGCCCUGGCUGCCGGUCCGCUGGGCGCCGACGACGGCGGCCCGCGCGCAGGUGCUGCACGUCGACCGGCGGCUCAGCGUGUCCGACAUGCCGGCCAGCCACCGCGGACAGUUCCUGCUGCAGCUGCUGUGCCGGCACGGCCUCAGCGGGUACGUGCCCUGCCAGAGCGAACAACAGUGCAACCGAGACUGAUGUUCUUAACUUAAUAAAUACGUUAAUACUUUUACUGGUUUUCGUUUUUGGACCAUGUGUUGAUUCCUUUGCUGAUGUAGUGUCGUUAGGGUUGUCGUUAUUCGCUAUGUCUGCUGGCGGGUGAAAUGUGAGUAAAAUAAGUUUAAUAGCAUCAUCUUUAGGUAAAGGUGGGUGAUAUCAUUGUAUUUACUUAAUUCCUACAAAUCAUUUCGCAAAACUUGAAAGGUAAGGUACCUUGCCUUACAUAAAUGUGAUUUGGCACAACAUCCGUCAAGAUAACAUCAUACAGAUGAAACGAUGCACGAACAGUUUUGUUGGUUGUAGUGACUGUGGCGCUACCGCAGUGCUUAAUAACGAUGUAAUCUAAGUUUUUGCUGAGUCAAACUUUCACUUGUCAUUUGCUACCGAUAGGCUUUGAUAGGGAGGUGCGAUAGUUCACCAGACCUGCAGUACUCUGGACACAUCCGUGUUUCUAUGGUCGUCAGUGCGUUGCCUCAUGGCAGGUAUGUCUAUUUACAAUGUACCGCGGGUUUGGUAGCGCGGGCGCGUGUCUCGCCUCCCUUGUCUCUCUCGCAACUUUAAUGAGUCGUUAGCGCAGUAUUACCAUGCAGGUAGACGGUACAACUUAACAAUUCAUUUAACCAAGGUUCCCAUAUUUUCCAAACUUACUAUUGGACGUACUGACAUGCAGCGCUUAUAGCUGCUACACGGUAACGACUUGUGCUUGAUGAGAGAAAUUAAUGUGGUACUAAGGAAAUGUUUAAGCUAAAACAAAUUGCAGUUUGAUAGUUCAUUUAUCGCGAGAACCGCCUUGAAAGUAACAUUGUUGAAACUGAGUCAAGUGCUAGGACUAUUAAACACAUGCUAUCGAAUUACUAAAUCUACAAGCAGAUAAUUAAUUUCGGUUUAGUCUUUUAGACAGUUAUACUCGAACCAAUAUAACCAUGAACAUUGAAUAUAAUUGAACUCAUUACAAUAAAAUGUUCGACUAAGAGAAAUAAAAGUCUAAAACACUAAAAUAUAUAGAUACGAUACAAACACAAUAUUUGAGGUACUUACAUGAUAAGUGCUCCCUGAAAUUUACAAUAACUGUCAUUUAUUAUUCGGUUACCGUGUACGAAACGUUACCUAGGUUAAUGUUACCUUCAAUGUAACAGACUUUAAAGUCAAUGGAAAUACAAUAAAAUCCUGUGUUCGCCAUAUUUGUAUACUAAUAGUUUAUUCUCGGUAGUCGGUGACCAUCUCGAGAAUGGCGAUUCAUGUAAGGCGGAGUUCAUGCACAUCGAGCUUGACUUGACUUUUUGAAAAUCUGAACUCGAAUUCUGUCUUUAGCUUCAUUCCACUAUUUUCAAUUAGGUAUUCAUACAUACGGCAUACAGAAAAAAAUGACAUUGAAUAUAGGGGCACUAAAAUAGUAAAAAAUAAACAAUUCAUGGAACUAGAAUCGAGUAGAGUUGUGCCCACACUGCGGAUGACAUUAGAAACCGGCUGAACAUGUGUAGUAAAACGGGUGUGUUGGGCGAAGUUCAUGCGUUUGCAGCAAUCGGGCAAGUCGUGUGGAGCAUUCCGGCGCGCGGCGUAAUGCACGCAUGCGGUCGAGCGACACAAUAACGUUGACCUCUCGCCGCAUUCACACUGUGGACGCACCUUUACUCGUACCACAUUACCAGAGUGCGGUGUCCACUUGCAUAUAGCGUUAUUGCUUCAUAAAUUCUAAAUUCAUCUGAAAUACGUUUGAAGAUUGCGGACAAAUACGAGUACGGAGCAUUGAUAUAAAAUAUUCCACUCCAUGCGUUUCCUGGAAUAUGUACGGCAAACAAUGGGCGAGGGUUGAUGUCAGACGAUGGGGCCCUCACACGAAAUGAAAUAAACUAUAAAUCUGCAAACACGCUCGAGGGGUGCCGCAAACAGUCCGCGGACGAUUUAUAAAUAUGCAGAUCAAAUAUUAAAAGGAGAGCCACAAGAUCAUCCCGGAGCGGUCACAGAGUGCGGCGCAGACGCGAUUCAACUGACCGGUCAAGAUUAGGAACAUCUAGGAAACAAUUCAAUGUGUAUAAAGAAAUAUAUUUAAAACUAGCUGUUGCCCGCGACUUC